AUGUCAAAUAUUUUCGAAAUUAUUGAUAGUCUUGGACUCCCACGAGAAGAAUCGAAUAAGCUUCAAGCUUAUAUUAUUACGCGUAGGGAGGAGAGAACAGAAUUGUAUUCUGCACUCUCAAGUUCCCGCAAGACAGAUGAAGAUAGAUUGUGUCUUUUAAAAGAAUUCUUGAAGAAUAUACCUGCUGAUCCCGUCGCAGAAUUUGAAACCAAGCGCACUGUUGAGAAUUUGUUAUAUUUUUCGACUCAUGAAAUGUUUGAGGAAAAGCCAGAACAAAUCCCAAGCCGUUUUGAAUUGCUAGACUGGCUUCAAGAGCCGUUUUCAAAACAGAUUUUAAUUCCCAAGAUGGUACACGAAAUUUACAUUCGAUCAAGCCUUUCCGAGCGAGAUUCGAAUAAACUUUUUAGAAGUUCAGAUGAGUUCUCCUUUCGAGUGAUGAGCGAUAUCGUUAGUAUAAUUAAUCCACCAACAACUGGCAAUACCGAAGAUUCUUUUCAUUCACUUUGGGAUGCACUCAUCAUAAAACCUAUUAAACUUGCAUGCCCUAACGGAAAAUAUAAUCGAAAUUCGUCUUCUAACACAUCUACAAAAAAGUUUCGUCCUGACUUUUCAUAUACGUUGGAUGGUGCCUGCCUCGUAAGAGGAGAAGAAAAAGGUCUAAACACUGAUAACGAUCCAGCAGAAGAAUUGACAUCAAAGUUAAUAUGGACGUACGGACCUAGCCCCUACAUAUUCGGUUACUAUGCUCGUGGCUUCGAUGUGACUUACUGUUAUUUACAUAAUGAAGGUGAUCGGGUAUAUCGGAAAGAUUUAGUCAGUUACAAUCUUAAAACAUUACUUGGGCGUAUAAAUGCUUUCGUAAUCGGAAGAAACAUUGGUCGAUUAUUACCUCUUAUUCGUAAAGGCCUUGGAGAUUCUUUCCACAAAGAAUUUUAUAUAAUUCAUAGACCAAAUUCUGGAAAGACUAUUGAACUAAUGCAAAAUGUGGUGGUGAAACGCUACUCUAGCAAAGCGGAUUUUCCUGAGAAACUUGAGAAAAUUUACCGUGAGAUGGAUCAGAGACAAGUUCCUUACGUUGAUUACAUAGUUAGCAUUAACAAGGGAGAUAAUGGAAAGGUGCCAAAUAUUAUUUUUUCACCAAAGGGCAUGAUACACAGACCAAAUUCGGUGAAGCAACUGGUAAUUGCUUUAUAUUGUGUUUUAUCAGCUCUAAAGAUUCUUCAUGAAAUAGGAUAUAUUCAUCGGGAUAUCCGAUGGGAAAAUGUAUUAAAAUAUAUUGAUCGUAACAUGUGGUUUAUCAUCGAUUUCGAAGAUGCAGCCAAUUAUCCUGCGCCUGGCGUUCGACACUUAGAUAAAUCGAAUCAUUCUCCGGAGGUUUUUAAAGAUUUCCACGAUACAAACGUUGAUAUGUGGUCCAUAGGUUAUUUAAUCAGGACGGCUCAUGUGGAACUUCAAAUAAAUGAACCAUUAAGAGAGUACGCAAUGGAACUGAUGAAAGUUAAUAUAGUUGAUACACCUUUAUCAGCUGAAAUGGCUAUAAAAUUUCUUUGGCAAAAUUAUCGAGAAAUUCUUAGACAUGAGGGGUUAUUCGA